AAAACAAAUCUUGGAGUAGCAAAUUUUUACUUUUUGUCAGGUUCGUAGCUUCGUCCUCGUUGAUGAAUCCUGCAUCUGGGAUUUCUCACUAACAUAUGUCCCAGAAACCCUUUUGAAUCUUAAAUUCCUCGUUCGAAUUCGAUUUCCAAAGAAACGGAUCCAGAAACCGGAAAGAUUAGAUUUUUUUCCAAGCGAUCGUGAUUGAGUAUGCAUAGAUCUGGUACUACAAUGGCGUGGAACGUCUUCAAAUUCUGUACAGCUCUACGAGGACUCGGAUCGAUCAUGAUCCUUCUGGUCUUAGGGGUUGUUGGUGUAACCUAUUACGCCGUCGUUUGGACCAAUUAUGGACCUACACUAUCAGAUGGAGGUCUCGGUUCUCUUGCUGCUUUUGCUAUUAUAAUCCUUUUCCACUUUUUGUUGGCAAUGCUUUUGUGGAGCUAUUUCUCUGUUGUGUUUACUGAUCCUGGUGUUGUGCCUCCUAAUUGGAGGUUAGCUUCAGACGAGGAACAACGAGGCGAGUCUGAUGCGUUAAACAGUUUGGAGUUUUGCGUGUUACAGCCUGAUUCUUCCAACCAAAGAACUCGGUUUUGUAGAAAAUGCAAUCAACCUAAACCUCCUCGUUGCCAUCAUUGCUCUGUUUGUGGUCGAUGUGUGUUGAAAAUGGACCACCAUUGUGUUUGGGUUGUGAGCUGUGUCGGGGCGCUUAAUUAUAAGUAUUUUCUUCUUUUCUUGCUUUACACCUUUUUGGAAACAACUCUUGUGACUCUACUUCUCAUGCCACACUUUAUAGCUUUCUUUAGCGAUGAAGAGAUACCUGGAACCCCAGGCACUCUUGCUACUACAUUUCUUGCAUUUGUAUUAAACCUGGCAUUUGCUUUAAGCGUUAUGGGUUUCUUAAUCAUGCACAUUUCGUUGGUUGCUGCCAAUACCACAACUAUAGAGGCAUAUGAGAAGAAAACAAGUCCAAAAUGGCCAUAUGACCUUGGUCGAAAGAAAAACUUUGAACAAGUGUUUGGUAUGGAUAAAAGAUACUGGCUGAUUCCAGCCUACUCAGAAGAAGAUUUAAGACGAAUGCCGGAACUUCAAGGACUCGAAUACCCUUCCAAACCGGACUUCGAUUCCCAAGAUUUCUGAAGAAAGGUGCCUUCUUUACUGUAACAAUACCUUAGAGAUGACAGAGACAGAGAUAGGAAAUGACUUUGGAGGAGUAAUAUCUACUCUUAACUUAAAAGAGUCGCUUCUCGCAUUACACGGUGUCGUUUCGUCCCACUGAUAGAAGAAAACGCUGAGACUAAGGGCAAAUCAGAUGAUAUUUUGUAGUUUGCAUAUGAAUAUGAUUGUAGUUAUAAAUGUAGAGCCAGUCUCACGUUGAAUAGAAUCCUCCCUCCGGUUAAGUCACUCACUUUUCUUAUAGUCUAUUCCUUUUGUUAAAACCCUGGUUUCAAUGCUUGCCAUUGAAUUUUUGUGGUAAAAUAAA